AUGCCUGGUCUCGGUACCAAAGUAUUGUACGAGCUACUCUACACCCAACCAAAGAAGUUGAUCGUCCUUACUGGAUGUAGCAUCGUAUCAACCUUCGUGGCCCAGGCUGCGAAAAUGUGGAAUCUUGUUGUUCUUGCCUACGGAUCCAGUUCCCCUGCGCUUUCAAACAGAGAUCGGUUUCCUACCUUCUUCCGCACUCAUCCAUCUGCAACCUUGCACAAUCCGACCCGAGUCAAGAUCUUUGAAAGGUUUAAAUGGAAACGGAUUGCCACAAUACAAGAAACUCAAGAGGUGUUUACAUCGACUGUCGAAGACCUUGAAGAGAGAGUAAAAACUGCUGGAAUAGAGGUUGCUGUAAGACAAAACUUCCUCACCGAUCCUACAAACGCCGUCAGGAACCUCAAGAGGCAAGAUGCUCGAAUCAUCGUGGGAGUUUUCUAUGAGGACAUGGCUAGAAGGGUCUUUUGUCAGGCAUAUAAAGAAAAACUAUAUGGACGAAAAUACGUCUGGUUUAUCAUCGGCUGGUACCCCAACAACUGGUACAAGGUCAAGGACGAAAGUAUUAACUGCACCUCAGACCAGCUGAAAGAAGCGUUGGAGGGACACAUAACUACAGAGGCGGUGAUACUUCACCAGGAAAAUACAGUCACAUUUUCAAACAUGACAGCCCAGACGUUCAAGCAACGACUAGACGCUGUCCUGAAUGUUCCAGACACCAGCCAAGUCGGGGGCUACCCGGAAGCACCAUUGGCCUAUGAUGCCGUGUGGGCGCUGGCGUUGGCUUUGAAUAAAACUGCUGAACGACUUGCUGAACGCGGACUGAAUAUAGAGGAGUUCAACUACUCGAACUCUGAAAUAACACACGAAAUAUACUCAGCGAUGAACUCGACUAGAUUUCUCGGUGUUUCGGGUAAUGUUGCAUUUUCGUCUCAAGGCGACCGAAUUGCAUGGACGAAAAUUGAACAAAUGACAAACGGUACAUACCAUACCCUUGGAUUUUACGAUCAAAAUUCAGACAAUCUUACUUGGCUCAAUACUGAAAAGUGGAUAGAUGAUCAUCCACCACCAGACAGGACAAUGCAAAAACCAAUACUAAGAGUAGUCUCCCUUGGGCUAUUUUUAUCCAUGUGUGGCUUAUCAGUCGUUGGCAUCAUUGCUGGCGUAGUUUGUCUGAUUUUCAACAUUUUUAAUAGCCAACGCAGAUGCAUAGCUUACUCCCAACCUCACGUAAACAGUAUUGUCGUGCUUGGCUGCAUUCUUUGCCUCGUUUGUGUGUUUCUACUCGGUCUUGAUGGGCGAUUUGUACCGGAAGAGUUAUAUCCCUUGGUGUGCCAGCUUCGGGCCUGGUUAUUAUCAAUAGGAUUUUCCCUAGGGUACGGCGGGAUGUUCUCAAAAAUAUGGGCUGUCCAUAGACUAACCACGUCAAGACAGAAAGAUAAAAAGGAUGUCAAGCACUGUGAGCUUUUUCUUGUGCUGAUAAUAAUUCUCACCAUCGACCUUAUAAUACUAACGACGUGGCAAGUGAUUGACCCGAUGUACCGUGACCUUGAAAUAUUCGACCUUGAACCCUCGCCUACCACGGAACAUGAUAUAAUGCUGAAGCCUUACUUGGAGCAUUGCCAUUCUCAUAACAAUUCAAUUUGGUUAGGUGUAAUAUUUGGUCACAAGGGGAUUUUACUUCUUUUUGGAAUUUUCUUGUCGUACGAAACCCGAAGUGUGAAAUUAAAACAAGUCAAUGAUUCCCGUUUUGUGGGCAUGAGUAUUUAUAAUGUUGUGGUGUUGUGUGUAAUAACUGUUCCAAUUGUACUUAUAAUCAAAAGCCAGCAGGAUGCUUCCUUCGCGUUUGUAGCCUUAGCAAUUAUCUUAUGCAGCUUUUUGUCGAUGGGUCUCAUCUUUGGACCAAAGUUCAUAGAGAUUUUGCGCAAUCCAAAGCGCAGUGCUCACGAAAUACGGUCUCUGACGGAAUCGGUUGUGGGGAAGGAGGAGGAAGAAAGGCACCAGAAACUGCUGACAGAAAAUGAACAGCUGAAGAAACAGAUAGCUGAGAUGGAGACACGUGUCCGUGACCUUAACCUACAGCUGCAGGUAAAAAUGCGAAAAAGGGUAAACCUUACAACGCAGGGACACAACUCGAACUCUACAUCUGAGUUACCUGCAAAUACAGUUAACUCCCUUGAACCUCCUUCGAUAAGGACGCCGGAUCGUUAUGCCAUCUCUACCGACUGUUAUUCUGAUUCUGGUGUACAUACAAGUUCAACGAUCGUAAAAAGUCCACGAUAUUCUCCAACCGACCAUGCCGUUUAACACAUGUUAACAUAUUUUACAUAGUUUUUCAUAAACAUAGUUCACCUGUGUAUUGAGUUAACGCAUAUAACUGAUUUUGGUUAUGUUUAAUCAUUUCUAUAUUGUAUGUUUUUAUUAUUGUUUUCAGUGAAGAAAGAUUGUUUAUUAAUUGCAAAAAAGUAAACAUUAUUUAUGCAUGUUAUUUACACAUUGUGAUUGUUUAUGAUAUAAUUUAUGUCCUUGUAUUAUUAGAUUGAAAACAGAUGUACAUUUCUUAAUAUGUUAUUAAAUAAUAUGAAUUUUG